GAGCAGACGGAAACGCGGAAGUUCUAUAUCGGGAAAUCAACAACAGUCAGCGGCACGCUGUGAUCUCUCUGUUUUAAGUGUUACUUUGUGAUGGCUGCCGGUUCGUUAAUGCAGCUGUAGCCGAGCUACUCCUGCCACAAAGACACGCUCAUAACAAAGCGCUAGCGAGCAGCUGGCCAAGAUGCCCGCUCGUAACGUUGUGUCCAGCGGGAGUCCCAACAGCAAGGUCCAGUACUCCAGGUUAGCCUCCGAUGAUGACGGCUACAUUGACCUACAGUUCAAAAAGAGCCCACCCAAAGUCCCAUACAAAGCAAUUGCACUAGCCACAGUCCUCUUCUUAAUUGGCUCCCUGUUAAUCAUCAUCGGCUCCCUUCUCCUGGCUGGAUACUUUGGAGUCACUCACUCGGACCGAACCGUGCCUGUCCUCAUCAUCGGGAUCCUCGUCUUCCUGCCUGGAAUUUACCACCUGCGGAUAGCUUACUAUGCAUCAAAGGGCUACCGAGGAUACUCCUAUGACGAUAUCCCAGACUUUGAUGACUGACCCGCACUGUAGCUUCAGCCAGAGUCUUUCUGUGCUUACAUGCACACAUGCCUCAUCAUUGCUCGUGCUGAACUUAAGGUAGUGAUGCCUUUUCAAGAAAAUUGGGUCUAAUCGCUGCCCUUAACCAGUAUGUUAAUCUGAUAAUGCCAGUCUGCUGUUAUGAAGUCAUAUCGGCAUCAGAUAUUGCUCGAAUUGUAUAUUUGUUCAUUUAGCCUGAUUGCUUAAUGAAACAAUGCUUUGAUGAGUCGUUUUAUUGUAAUUCAAUUUAUUUAUAAUUCAAUAAAAGGCAAAUACCGCUUUGUCCACAAUGUGGUCAA